AUGGGGGAUGGUGGUGUUUUUGGGCGGGGCGAGAAAGAGGGUCAAGGGGACAGAGGAGUUGGUAAGGGAGGGGAGGGAGGGGAGUGGGGAGAGAGGAGGCAGCGAGAUAGGCAGCUAGAGAGACUAGGUCGAAGGGGUUCAUUGGAGCUAGGCGGGAGCAUGGGGGGAGGAGAGGGUGGGAGCGGCGAAGGUAGGGCAGGUGGGCGGGGGGGGGCAGAGAAGAGGGUGGAAGAUUGGCUGUUGAAGUCACAAAGGGUUGACCAGAAGCAGACUGCUGCUGCUGCUGCUGCUGCGGGUGCUGCUGGUGGUGGUGGUGGUGCUGCUGCUGCUGCUGCUGCUGCUGCGGGUGCUGCUGGUGGUGGUGGUGGUCCUGCUGCUGCUGCAGCUGGUGCUGCGGCGGCGGCUGGACCCGAUGCUCCUCUUCCUACCGCUGCUGCUGGUCCUGCUGCUGGUGCUGCGGCUGGUGGGGACGGGGCUGGUGGGGGCGGGGCUGGUGGGGACGGGGCUCGUGCAAAGGCUGGUGCUAGAAUUUCUUCCUCUCCCACCCGGACUGGCGUUGACUCGUUUGACUUUCUUGGGAAACCGGAGGUGAAAUCGAGAGUAGCACUGCUGAAGGAGAAGAAGAAGAAGGAAGUUGGGUUUGAAAUUCCUCCAAAAGAGGAGAAGCGGUGGCGGUGGGGCCACAUGCACGGUAACACCCUCCUUCGCAAGCAAAGGUCGUUAGACUCUCGAACCAAGGGGGGGUUGCCUUUGCUCGAUGCCGCUGCUGCUGUUGGUGCUGCUGCUGGAAAGACCUUCGUUGACUCGUUUGACUUUCUUGAAAGGCCUGUUGUGCCGCAGUCAACGUUAGUCAAGGAGGAGGGAUUCGGGCUGGCGAUGCAGCGGCAUGCUUCCCUGGAUUCAAGGAGAGGGUUCCUGGAUCUCAGGGAGGAUUUGCUGGAUUCAGGGGAAGAAUCUUUAGAUUUCAGGGAAGGGUUGCUGGAUGUAAGGAAGUACUCUCCUCUGGAUUUCAGCCGGGAAUUUCGGAAUGCAAGGAACGUUCUGCUGGAUACGAGUGAGGAUUCUUUGAAUCCCAGGGGGAAAUUCCUGGAUUUCAGGGGGAAAUCUAUAGAUUUCAGGGGGAUAUCCCUCGAUUUGAAGGAAGAGGGGAAGGUUGGCAGGUUGAGGAGGAGGGGUUCGCUUGAAAGUGUGGGAGGCUCUAAGCAAGAUGCUUACCUAAACGUUGCUGGUGGGGACAAGUGGGGGGAUAGGAGCUUAGGACGAACGGGAGGGGGGCGGAGUUUGGGGAAUCGACGGCAGCGCUCGCCGCUGGGGAGGAAGAGGUCGAUUGGGGGAGGAGGGAUGGACGCUUCUUCUUCUUUUAAGGCGAGCAAUGUGGGUGUGGAGUCACAAUGCGAGGAUAAGGAAUGGGAAAGAGAGGGAGGGGGGCGGAGUUUGGGGAAUCGACGGCAGCGCUCGCCACUGGGGAGGAGAAGGUCGGUGGGGGGAGGAGGGCUGGACGCUGCUUUGAUUGUGCAUGACCGGGAUGGUGAGGGUCGAAAGGAGGAUAAAGAGUGGGGAAAAGAGGGAGGGGGGCAGAGUUUGGGAAAUCGACGGCAGCGCUCGCCGCUCGGAAGAAGGAGGUCGAUGGGGGGAGGAGUGGGGGGUCUGGGAUUGGAAGUUGUUCCUCUGGGGUUGGGAGUAGACGGUGGGGGCAGUGAUGCUGGAAAGGAGGGGAAGGAGUGGGGAAGUGUGAGAGAGAAGCGGCAUUCGGGACAAUGCGGCUGGACUGGGUGGAAAGGAGUGGGGAGGAGUGGGAGAGAGGAGGCGUUCGGGCACUCGAGGGCGCUCACCGGUGGGGAGGAGGAGGUCGAUGGGGAGAGUGGGAGAGGUGGUGGAUUAUUAUUUGGCCCUCAAUGA